UCUCGCUCACCCCGUCGUGGUAGAUCAAGAAGUCCAGGUCGUUCGGUCCGCCGCCGAUCUUACUCUCGUAGCCGGUCUGCAAGCCGGGACGACUAUCGUAGGUCGAACAGACGUUCUUCACGUUCUCCCAUGACUGGCGCCGGAGCCUCGUCGGGAGGAUCUCAGGGGUUCGGUGGUCCACAGCGAUCCUUCGAGGAACGACAGGCAGCUCGCGAGCAAAUGAUGAAUACCAUCCGGGAGACCUCGCAACAGGAUCGCCGUGUGUACGUCGGCAACCUGUCCUACGACGUCAAAUGGCACCACCUUAAGGAUUUUAUGCGACAGGCUGGAGAGGUUCUCUUUGCCGAUGUUUUACAACUUCCUAAUGGAAUGUCGAAGGGAUGCGGAAUUGUGGAAUAUGCUACGAGGGAGCAAGCACAACAAGCUGUCGCGACGCUCAGCAACCAGAACCUGAUGGGACGACUAGUCUAUGUCCGCGAAGAUCGUGAAGCGGAACCUCGGUUUACCGGAGCAACCGGCGGGCGCGGCGGAUUCCAAGGCGGUGGGGGAAUGCAAGGCGGCUUCGGUGGUGGUGCCGGUGGUCCCGGCGGCUACGGGGCCCCGAUGGGUGGAGGAGCUGGUGGUGGUGGCCGUCAGAUCUACAUCUCCAACCUUCCCUACACCGUCGGCUGGCAAGAUUUGAAAGACCUCUUCAGACAAGCUGCCCGAAAUGGCGCCGUCAUCCGAGCUGAUGUCCAUAUGGGACAAGAUGGUAGGCCUAAGGGAUCCGGUAUCGUCAUGUUCGAGUCCCCGGAUGAUGCCCGCAAUGCCAUCCAGCAGUUCAACGGUUUCGAUUGGCAGGGUCGCCAGCUGGAGGUUCGUGAAGAUCGAUUCGCCGGCCCAGGUAUUGGUGGCGGGUUUGGUGGCCGCGGAGGCUUUGGUGGCGGAUAUGGCGGUGGUCGUGGAGGGUUCGGUGGUGGUAGUAGCACCGGUGGCUAUGACGCCCCAAGUGCCUCAGCUGCACCUCCUAACCCCUUCACGGACUUUGCCACCUCUGGAAAUGACCCAAGCGAGAUCAUUUAUGUCCGAAACCUCCCAUGGUCCACGAGCAACGACGAUCUUGUCGAGCUGUUCACCACGAUCGGUAAGGUUGAGCAGGCGGAGAUUCAGUAUGAACCGAACGGGCGAUCCCGCGGCACCGGUGUUGUUCGCUUUGACUCGCCAACCACCGCCGACACUGCCAUUGCGAAGUUCCAGGGCUACAACUAUGGAAACAGACCGCUUGGUCUCAGCUACGUCAAGUAUCUCACGCCUGGUGGAGGUGACAGCAUGGACACGGAUGCUCACGGUGGUCUGACUCAAGAUCAGAUCAUGUAGAUCUGACCGCUCUCCUGGUGAAAAUUGCGAAAGCUAGCUCGGAUACUCGUUAAAAGUUGGCGACUUGCUUUUAUGCCUUUCCCGACAACCCUUUCAUCAAACAACCUUACCGAUGGAUACUUCAAGUUGAACCAGCAUUGCCAAGGUUUCGGCUUCGAUGUUUCAGUGGAGUUAGCCACUGUGUUGCAUACUUGUACCACAUUUUCUUUGCGACAGUCGUUA